AUGUCACGGUGCACCUUCACCCUCCUUGUCCUCCUCCUGGUGGGAGUAUCUCCUCAGUGGGGCUGGAGGCACUAUAUGGCAGCUCCUCUGGAGCCCCUGGGCAGAGCUGUGUCCCCUCGCAGCGCUGCGGCCCCUCUCUCCAUCACACAGCACGUGCCGACCUUCCCGGAGCACGGACAUGGUCGCCACCGGCAGAAGAGGGACUGGGUCAUCCCCCCUACCAACUGCCCUGAGAACGAGCGGGGACCCUUCCCCAAAAAGCUGGUGCAGGCUGACGGCAUGUCUGGGGGGAUGAACGGCUCCCUGACCACCCACGUGCUCAACACGGCCACGGGGCUGCCGGCAGCUGGCCUUGUGGUCCGCCUGGCCCAGCUGCAGGAGCCAGGGCUGCAGUGGAGGGAGCUGGCAGAGAGGCACACGGACACAGAUGGGCGCUGCCGACCCCUCCUGGCAGCAGGACAGGCCAAGGCUGGCACCUACAAGCUGCGCUUUGAGACAGCAGAGUACUGGCAACGGCUGGGGCACACCAGUUUCUACCCCUUCGUGGAGGUUGUCUUCACCAUCGUCGACCCGGUGCAGAAGCUCCAUGUACCACUACUGAUCAGCCCCUACUCCUACACAACCUACCGUGGCAGUUAA